GCGGGGACGCAAGGGCGCAGGAGGAGGAGCCCGGAGCCGCUCGGCCCAGCGGAGCCAGCAAUCAGCCAAUCGGAUCCACUGUCUCAUUUUCCUACAGCAAAAGUAGAGGCCUACAGAGGAGAAGUGACUUGCCCAAGGUCACACAGCAAUCUUUUCAGUGUCCUGUGUGGUUUUGUCCAGCUAAGUCUGCUGCAGAGCCACUGUUCCAUCUUGGUCUUCUGGAAGGACACCCCUCCCUGCCCAUUCCUGCCCCAUUACUCUCCAGAGCCAGCAGCUCCCCAAAGCAUCAAGGCAGCGGCAGCACCUGGCAUAGGUGGCCAUGGGAAAGCGAUACUUCUGCGACUACUGCGACCGUUCCUUCCAGGACAGCCUCCACAACCGCAAGAAGCACCUGAAUGGGCUGCAGCACCUCAAGGCCAAGAAGGUUUGGUACGACAUGUUCCGAGAUGCAGCCACCAUCUUGGUGGAUGAGCAGAACAAGCGGCCCUGCUGGAAGUUUCUGCUGAUAGGCCAGUGUGACUUUGGCUCCAAGUGCAGAUUUUCCCACAUGUCGGGGCAAGACCUGCAGAAGCUAAGCCUCCAAGUGGAGGAGGAGAGGCGGGCCAAGGAGUGGCCGCUUGAUACUGUGGAGCUCCCCGAGGUCCAUCUGGAGGACUGGUUGGAGAAGAGAGCCAAGCGGCUGAGCUCAGCCCCAAGCAGCAGGGCUGAACCCGCCAGAACCACCAUCUUCCAGUACCCCAUGGGCUGGCCACCAAUCCAGGAGCUGCCCCCAUCCCUGCGGGCACCCCCACCUGGGGGGUGGCCCCUGCAGCCCAGCGUCCAGUGGGGCUGAUCUGAGUCCCUUGGCCCUACCUGGCUCCCACCUGGUCAGCUUUCCUAUCAGUCACAACAAAGACAAGAACUGGGGAGGCCUCACAGAGCCUCUGAAAGUAUUGCUUGGCCUCACUUAGACCCAGGAACCCCUUCCAGGUGCAGCCCUGGUCCCAGCAUGGAGCCAGACAGCUGCACCCACCCUCCCUCCCAGGACAUGUGAGAAAACGAACUUCCAGAUGUGUAUAAAGAGCCCGUCACCACCGUGGCUCUGGCUGCA